GAGAGAGAGAGAGGGAGGGAGAGAGAGAGAGAGGGGCAGGCGGGGGAGCGCGAGCCAGCAGCGGAGAGAAGACCCGGUAGAGCGCGAGGAGGGCGAGCGAGAGAGAGAGAUAGUGAUAGAGAGAGAGAGAGAGAGUGAACGAGAGAGGAGAGGGAGAGAGGGAGCGAGCGGCGACCGUCAAGGUCCGGACGACACGGACAGGGCGAGGACUGAACCGAGCAGCUUCCUCGCGAUGCCGUCCAACAGCCCCGCCGCCACCGAGCCGCCGCAGACACCGGAGAAGGACUCCGCCAAAGAUGUGGGUGAAGAUGGAGCAGACCAGGACAGUCCAGAGGAGGGGACGCCGGCCAGCCCCCGCACCAAGCGCAGAGUGGGCCGUCCCGGGAGGAAACGCAAACAGCUGCUUCCUGAGAUGGCGACCUCUGACCCUUGUCCAAAUGCCCCCCCAACCCCGCCUGAGGAGACGGAGGCCUCCCCCUCCCCUCGCAAGAAGCGCGGGCGUCGGAAACUAGAGCAGACGGAGAAGAAAGAGGACGAGCCAGAUGACAGAAACUGCGACUCCCCCAAAGAGGUUGAGACUGGGCGGCUGCGGAGGAGGCCAGUCCCCAGAGUGACGUUCCAGGCUGGCGACCCGUACUACAUCAGCCGGAGACAGAGAGAAGAAUGGCUCAGCCGCUGGAAGAUGGAGGCGGAGCGGCGGGCGUACAGAGAGGCGGAGAUCAGCAUGAUGGACGACCUUUCGGAGGCCGACUUUCAGAAAGAGGAGGAGCCGGCCAGCCCCGCCCCUCCACCUUCGCAGCAACACACAGACCCCGCCUCCCCCACGGUCGCCGUGACGCCGGAGCCGGUCGCCAGGCGAGAACGGCCCACGCCUAGGGAGAUAGAGUACCAGGACGGCCGGGGCUUUGGCAUCGGCACGCUGGUGUUCGGGAAGCUGCGAGGUUUCUCCUGGUGGCCCGGCAGGAUCGUCUCCUGGUGGAUGAGCGGCCGGAGUCGAGCCGCCGACGGCACCCGCUGGGUCAUGUGGUUUGGCGACGGCAAAUUCUCUGUGGUUUGUGUGGAGAAGCUGAUGCUUCUGAGCUCUUUCUCAUCCGCCUUCCACCAGCCCACCUACAACAAACAGUCCAUGUACCGCAAAGCCAUAUUCGAGGCUCUGCAGGUGGCCAGCGUGCGGGCGGGAAGGCCAGUGCCUUCCUGUGAUGCGAGCGAUGAAUCAGAGGGUGUGGACACUCAAACCAGACAGAUGAUAGAGUGGGGCAUGACUGGCUUCCUUCCCAAUGGUCCACAAUCACUGGAGCCUCCAGAAGAGGAGCAGAAUCCAUACAAGGAAGUCUACCCCGAGAUGUGGGCGGAGCCCGAGGCGGCGUACACGCCCCCGCCUGCGAAAAAGCCACGCAAGAACUCGACGCAAGAGAAAGCAAAGAUCAGGGAGGUGAUCGACGAGGGGACCAGAGAGAGACUCAUACAGGAGAUCAAGAAGAAGACCAGGAAUAUCGAAGAUAUCUGUAUCUCCUGCGGAAGCCUCAACGUCUCUCUGGAGCAUCCUCUUUUCGUAGGAGCGAUGUGCCAGGGCUGCAAAAACUCGUUCCUGGAGUGUGCCUACCAGUACGACGACGACGGCUACCAGUCCUACUGCACCAUCUGCUGUGGAGGCAGGGAAGUGCUCAUGUGUGGCAACAACAACUGCUGUAGGUGUUUCUGCGUGGAGUGCGUGGAUCUGCUGGUCGGAGCCGGCUCGGCGGCGGUAGCCAUCAAAGAAGACCCAUGGAACUGCUACAUGUGUGGACCGCGGAACACUUACGGUCUACUGCGGCGGCGGGACGACUGGCCCUGCAGACUCCAGCACUUCUUCGCCAACAAUCACGAACAGGAAUUCGAGCCAGCCAGGUUGUAUCCUCCAGUUGCGGCGGAGAAGCGACAGCCAAUCAGAGUCCUCUCUCUGUUUGAUGGCAUUGCCACAGGUCUGCUGGUGCUGAAGGAUCUGGGCAUCCAGGUCGACAAGUACGUGGCGUCCGAGGUGUGUGAAGACUCCAUCACUGUCGGCAUGGUCCGACACAGCGGGCGCAUCAUGUACGUGGGAGACGUGCGCAACGUGACCCACAAACACAUUGAAGAGUGGGGACCCUUUGACCUCGUGAUAGGAGGAAGCCCCUGUAACGACCUCUCAAUAGUCAACCCCGCGCGGAAAGGCCUUUACGGUAGAAGUGGUCUUGAGUCAAACCGGAAGGGAACCGGCCGGUUGUUUUUCGAGUUUUACCGCCUGCUGCACGAGGCGCGACCGAAGCCCGGCGACGGGCGGCCGUUUUUCUGGCUGUUUGAGAACGUGGUCGCUAUGGGAGUCAGCGACAAGCGGGACAUCUCCCGCUUUUUAGAGUCUAAUCCAGUGAUGAUCGAUGCCAAGGAAGUCUCCGCCGCCCACCGCGCUCGCUAUUUCUGGGGAAACCUGCCGGGCAUGUCCAGACCUCUGGCACCCAUGGUGAAUGACAGGCUGGACCUACAAGAGUGCCUCGAGCACGGGCGCACGGCCAAGUUUGAGAAGUUGCGUACGAUAACGACACGAUCCAACUCUGUGAAGCAGGGGAAAGAUGAGCAUUUCCCAGUCUUCAUGGACAACAAGGAGGACAUCCUCUGGUGCACGGAGAUGGAAAGGGUGUUCGGUUUCCCCGUCCACUACACGGACGUGUCCAAUAUGAGUCGUCUGGCCAGGCAAAGGCUGCUGGGACGAUCCUGGAGCGUCCCCGUCAUCAGGCACCUCUUCGCUCCGCUCAAAGAGUUCUUCGCCUGCAACUAGUCACACACACACACACACACACACACACACACACACCCACCCACACCAACUCUCUCUCUCUCUCUCUCUCUCUCUCUCUCCCUGUCAUGCACACACACACAUACACGCGUGCACACAUAAACGUUAUGUAAUGACAGACGCACCGAGAUAACUACACACAGUAUAACAGCUGGUACAUGGAGAUUGGCUGACGCAGGAUGACACAGAUGACCGGACACACACACACACACACACACACACACAUGUACAAACACCUAAGUCCCCUUGGUGCUACCUUGCUGACGACUGUAUAUAAAGAUGGACGACGUGUCUCCACUUUCCUCCCAGUGUACGGAAAUGAAGCCACACUAUCCCAGGUACAGGCGCCGCCAUCUUGUGCUGGUGCCAUCAUUUGGAGCAAGAGGGUGGAGAGGGGGGGGGGGGGGGGGGGGGGGGGGGGGGGGGGGCGCGGGCGACAAUGUCGACGGCUCGCCCAUUCAGUAUCAGUGUGAUAAUAAAUACGUAAAACGACAGAAACCAAAAAAAAAACUUUAGUAAAGGUUUAUGACCUUUUAUUGCAACCAGCCACCAGAGGGCGAUCAAGAUGUUUUCUUCACUUUUGGGAGCUGUCACUUCAUCCCUCUUUAUUUACAGUCAGUGAUUCACACAGACAGACACACACACACUGGUGCAGGGUUUCUGUGCUUUAACCCGUCUCACACACACAAACACACACGCACACUGGUGCAGGGUUUCUGUGCUGUAAACCCUCACACACACACACACACACACACACACACACACACACACUUCCUGUCCAGCCUUGAAACUGAUGUCUUCUGGCUUUACUCUGUCGCUGUAGCGGGGGGGGGGGGCAAAACUGACAAAGAUGCUAAACUUUUUGUUUUUAAUAUCCCUCUGAAUUCAUCAACACACCACUGAAUCCCUCUGAACCAUAACACUUAACUCCAUCUGUUCAUGUGUAGUGACAGUGCUGCUGGUAUCUUACAGUGCAAUGAACACAAACAUAGAAAUAAUAAUAAGACACACACACACACACACACACACACACACCAGUUAAUGCUCGUGGUGCUGGUCAGGCAGUGAAAAGAGUCCAAAUGGUGCCACUUGAAUACAACACUUUCACAGUCUUUGGUGCUCUUGGAGACCGAACGUGUCUCUGGUUGUUUCGGUCGCUGCACGUUUGUUUUACCCGACCGAGUCAAACCACCUCAUUUAGAGGCGACGCCGGGCCGAGAGAGGUUGACCGUCCAUGAGUUAUCAAAAAUGUCAGGUGUUAGUGUGCAAGACGGAUAGAGUUGUUAGGGAGUCUUGUUUAACGCGACUAGGUCUAAAUCAGAUUCUAAUGUGUUCUGUUCCUUGGAGGAAAUGCUGCUCUGGAAGUAAAAAAAAAAAAAAAAAAUCUCAGUGAUUGAGGAAAACCCCAGUGGGCUAAGUCAAGGUUUUGACUUUCACCUGUGUAAGACCACUUCGGUCUAAAACAUGGUCAGCAACCCCCUGUAACAUGACAUACUAAACUAAAAUAUUUGUUUGAGGUUAUUUCCUCCUCUGCUAUUGUUUUUAUAUUUUUCCCAGGAUUUUCCCCUGCUGCUACAGUCGUCCUCCCGUGGUUUUAUAAAGAAAAGCCUUGUGGUAUCACUAACUUCAGGAGAAUACUUUUUAAAAAUGAAUAUCAUAGUGGGAAGUCAACAAUAACUAGUGGAAGCAGUACAGACAGAGUGCAUGACAAGGCCACUCACUCGUGUUGGGGUAAAACCUUCCUUUGUGUUCAUUUCACAGAGUUAAUGUCAGAUCAUAAUGGACACUAAGAGUAAAGUCGACUUUUAUUCUUAGUCCUUAAUACAGAAUCUCACUGCAUGUAUCUCAGUGGUCAGGACACUUGUUAGCUUUCUUAAAGCCUUGUACUGUUUUGAGUAUUAUUUUUCUUUGCGAUAUUUUGGACAGUGAUUGUAUAUUAAGCUCAGCUAAGGCUUUGGUGAAUACGCUGUGAAAUACUGUAGCAUUUUAACAAUGGGUUUAUUCCCUUGUGUUUAGCGUAUGCUGGGUAACUCAUCUAUUACUGUUGUAUAACUGUUGCUCACACGACUGUGAUGUUCACCUUAACGGCGCAGCGUUGGAAUAAUACUGUUUUCGUCGUGGCUGCAGCCGUAGGUUUCUCACAUCAGGUCUCUGGUCUCACAGGCCGAGGGUUGGAUGUUGUUGACUCCCCUGGAGAGUUAGUCAGGUUGUUUGGUAGGCACACUUGGUUUCAUUGAGUUGGCAGUGACGAAGGACUCUUACUUUAAUCCUACAGUGGUCUCGUCCCAAACAACGGUUACUGUGAAUUGUAAAUAUGAGGUAUAGUCUUUCUCUGUAGCUGUAAGCUUUUACCCAUCAUGAGCGUUCGCCACAUUGUGCACUGUCUCUGUAUCUGACCCAGCGUACACGCUGACCUUGCAAAAUCAUGUAUGGCAGCCAAUAUAUAUAUAUAUAUGUUAUAUUUUUCUUUUUUAUGACCCUGACUUGACCCGAUUUCAAUGAUCCUUUCUAGAUUUUGUCAGAAAAAUCUAAUUUUAGCAUCACCAGACACGACGACAAAAGAUGAAUCUUAAUUUUUACAUAUUUUCUCAUGAAUCUACAACAUCUAAACCAACCUUCCACAAUCAAAUACUAAAAAUAUAUUUACAGCCGCUUCCCCACCAGUGGUCUUUUUUUUUUUGCUCAUGAUUAAACUCAACUGCUGACCAAUCAAUGCCUUAUAGCCUGCAUAACUUCCUCUGCCCAUAUUUUCCUCAUACCCACCUCUGAAAAACCAGCAAAAGUGGGUUGUCAUAAAAAGUAUUCCAGGCUUUGGCUCCAUCCAAUGAGUUUAAACUCUGAGAGGUUUUCUUCCUCAUGAGCAGCUCUAAAUUAAAUUCUACCCGGCGAGGUUGCUCCGAGCUCACUUCAUCAGGACAGAGAGCAGAAGGAAGUCAGUGGGGUAUUUUACAGAAUCUCUCGUGCCUCAGCUCCAUUGUUGACCAACAAAAGUUACGUUUUUCGCGGCGACGUCCACUGAAACCAGAGGCAGAACUAUGCUCUGUAGACACUAUGCUGGUUUUCUACUUCCUACGACUGGAACAGAUAGCCCUGAAUAAAUAACACAUUCUUCCUCAACUUCACAGACACGGCCGUACGACCUCCUCUGCCCAAUGCAUGCUGGGACCAUCUCGCCCCCCCCCCCCCCCCCCCCCCCCCCCGUAUUGACCUUGAACAGGCACAAGCGGAUAAAGAAAAUGGGAUGGUCGCCGGGCGCGGCGGACAUGUGAUGAAAAACGCUUCCAAGCGCAUGAUGAUGUUCAAACGUCGUAUGUUUUAUUUGGACAGGGCUGUCAUCUCUUUCAGUCUGGUGCUUUUUGGUCGUCAGACGACCAUCUUUUUCCAGGAAGCCCUCCGAUCCGCUGACCUUCCUCAGAUACCAGCCAACAACUGGACACACACACACACACACACACACACACAUUCACGUACACAAUUACGCAAAACAACAGUAAACCAGCAGGUUCAAAGUGUUUUUCCAACAAGUUUUACCCUCUCUCCGUUUUUACAACCAACCUUCAGGUGCUUUUUAAACUCUUUUUUACAGUCAUGCAGGUCCCUCAUACACACACACACACAACCACACACACAUUUUGCUGCAAACAUGGUGCCGACUUUCACGCUUCUCCGAACUCCUUGACCGCUGCGAAACACAUCGCUAACACACACUCACACAAGCAUACACACUGUGUUUUUGCCGGCCGCCUGUUGCCAUCAGGCUUCCCACGGCGCCCACGGGUGUGACAUCACCACCCUGAGUCGCUUGGUGCUCCCAACAACCCACCCCCCCCCCCCCCCCCCCCCCGCCCCCCGCCCCCACCUAAAUCCCUUCCUCUCCCACCCCCAGGUGCUGCAUGUCAGUCAGUCAGUGUAAUCUCUGAUUUCAUGUUAGAUUAGGGAGUAAUGAUAAUAAAAAUAAUGGUAAUAAUAUUACAAUAAUAAUCUGUUAUCGUGUGUGUGUACUGUUCCAGGUUGGUGCUCAGUUCAGUUCAGUCUCAGCCUAGAGGGGAGAGCGAGGGGGCUCGAGAAAGCAUAUAUUACAGUUAGUAUAGUGACUUGUUCUAUUGUAUCCAAGGAAGCCGGGAGAAAUUGUUGAAAGCGACGAGCUGCGGGGACAGGGCGCUCUCAGAGACGAGACGAGUUGAAGUGACGCCCAGUGUGGUCGACGAGGCUGAGGUGUAACCAGGAAUAAAUUAAUCAAUAAUUACAGUUCCUCAUGCCGAGUGGGAUCAAUAGGAACGUUUUUAUUUAAGGGUCAUUUUUUUUUUAAGUUUAAAAAAAAGAGUUGCCACUGGUUCCCAAACUUUUUUUUUCUUUCUCCAAAAACAGAAUCAUCAACCAAAUAGGAAAAAAAAAGUAUUUGACUCAAAGUUAACUUUCUGAUUUUUCAUGCUCUGAGUGAAAUGGACAGUUUUACUUCAAGCUGCAACUAGUGAUUCUUUUCAUAAUCAAUUAAUGUACCGGUUCUUUUUGGACUGAAAAAUGAUGUAAUGCCGGGUUCUUCACUUCCCCGUGUUCGGCUGUGUCAGUCCAACUCGUGCUGCACCAAUAACGAUGAUAUUUAAUGUGCAGAGAGAUGAGAUUGAUUACGUCCUUGUAAAAAAAAACAAAUGAUAAGUUCCCAACCUUUCCAGAAAAGAUCAGUCUGACGGGGUCACGAGAUGAUUCAAAGGUUAAUCUUUCAGUCUUCCCCCUUUCUAAGUUUUAUCUCGUAUUUAAAAGUUUGAAUUCAGAAAACGUCAACAUCACAGACUGUAACAGGUUGAGUUUCUUAAGAACACAAAACCCCCAAAGAAGUUGGGAACCACUUGGCCUCUUUUCCUCUCAUUUUUUUGUUUCCCCUAUCGACAGAGGCGGUGUCAUUUCAACACGUGUCUGUUUGAGAGUGCAGUCUGGGGAAGAAGAAGGAAAGGAAGCGUGAGGGAUGGAGUCUAUGUUUUUUUUAAACGAUUGGGUGACGCGGUGAUGGUGUUUCUGUUUCGCCUAUCGACAGCUUUUAGGCAGAGCGACGCGCUGUUUUAAAAACACUGAUACACUUACAAACAAACAUACACACACACACACGCACACACACACACAGAAACACUGUUACUGACACGCUCAAAGACGCAGAGACACACACACACGACACCUACGAACACAAUGCUGUGGCGCAUGCAGACACUCAUCUCAUGGACUAAAUGAAAGAUGAGCUUUUAGGAAAAAAAAGGAGGACCUGGUGGUGUUUCAAAAAGGUGCUAAAAUUUUAUCUGAAAAUAAGAAAAAUAUAUUGUUAGGAAUAUAAAAUCAAGUUUGUCUUUACAAUGACUGUAUUUAAGUUUGUCGUAGUAAUGAAAAAGGCACUAUUAUUAUUUUACUCUUGUAUGAAUAUGAACUAAUUAAAAAAAAAAACAUUUUAACUUUGUACUUGAACAAUGUAAGAUGAUGAACCGUGAAUAAAAAAAAGGACUGUUUCUUGUGA